AUGGUUCGAACCUUGAUCAAGGACCUUGGGGAGCAUCCACUGCCCCAAUCCUUUACACUAUUGCAACUUUCUAUUUUCUCGAGCGUCGCUAAGGAGUAUCCUCUUCGCAAUACGACAGUCAGCAUGUCAGAACUCGGUGUUGAUGUGAUACGCCUCUGCUGUGAGAUUUCCCUACCAGCAGUGUAUACCAUGAUCCAACAUGUCGUGGCUGUCAACAGGGGCACCAUUAUCGCUUGGGGACGCUGGACACAGAAAACACUACAUGUCCCUCGCUUCAUCUGCGUCUUCUUGGAAGAGGACCCGGGCAUGUAUGAUGAUACAAUCGACGCAUACUUUCCCAUCCUAUGCAUCUCGUUUUCUAUAGAUUUCCUCAGCUGCCUUGCAAUUCCCUUCGGAGUUGACUUCCGGAACCCCAUCAGUAUCGGGCUUUUUAUCGUCAACCCUUGCUGCGUGGGUUUCGCCGUAUGGCUAGGCCUCCUGUACGCGAAAUGGCGUCUGAUGGAGCAGCUAGACCUCGAAAGCGCCGCUAUGAGAUAUUUUGAAUACCAACGCGUCACCCGAAUGCGAGCAUCAUCUCAGGGGAGAGCCCCACCUUCAAAAACAAAAGACGGACACGCUCUUCUUGCGUGA